UCUUGUCACAUUCUUCACACUCACUCCAACACCAAACUCAAAAACCAUGCAAACUUCUUUAAUACUUUCACCACUUCCCACAUUCACUCCACCGGUCAACAAAGUCAAACCCACCACUCACCACCGUCUCCCACCAUGCUCUGCCGUAGCUUCACCACAUCUCCUACAUCGCCACACAGUCACCCACUCAAUGCCACCCGAAAAAGUUGAAAUUUUCAAGUCACUUGAAUCAUGGGCCUCAAACUCUGUCCUUCCACUACUCAAACCGGUUGACCAAUGUUGGCAACCUUCUGAGUUCUUACCCGUUUCAUCUCAGCCGUUCGAUCAAUUUUCGUACGAGGUCAAGUCGUUACGUGAUCGAACGGCUGAGUUGCCAGAUGAAUAUUUUGUUGUGUUGGUUGGAGAUAUGAUUACUGAAGAGGCAUUGCCUACUUAUCAAACAAUGAUUAAUACACUUGAUGGGGUUAGAGAUGAAACGGGUGCUAGCCCGAAUCCAUGGGCUAAAUGGACCCGGUCUUGGACAGCUGAAGAAAACCGGCAUGGUGACUUGCUUAAAACGUAUCUUUACCUUUCGGGUCGGGUUGAUAUGGAUAUGAUUGAGAAGACUAUUCAGAACCUCAUUAGUUCUGGCAUGGAUCCAGGAACAGAAAACAACCCAUAUCUAGGCUUUGUCUACACAUCAUUUCAAGAACGAGCCACAUUCGUCUCACACGGCAACACAGCUCGACUCGCCAAAGAACGCGGCGAUCCAAUACUUGCCCGAAUAUGUGGCACAAUCGCAUCAGACGAAAAGCGCCACGAAAAUGCAUACGUAAAAAUUGUAGAAAAACUACUAGAAGUCGAUCCAACGGGUGCAAUGAUCGCAAUUGCGGACAUGAUGAGGAAAAAGAUCACAAUGCCGGCUCAUUUGAUGACUGACGGCCAAGACCCGAAUUUGUUUGACCAUUUUUCGGCCGUGGCGCAACGACUAGGGAUAUAUACGGCUGAUGAUUAUGCGGAUAUAUUGGAGUAUUUGAUCGGACGGUGGAGAUUGGAGAAGAUUGAAGGGUUGAGUAGUGAAGGAAGGCGAGAACAGGAUUAUGUGUGUGGGUUGGCACCCAGGAUUAGGAAGUUGCAAGAGCGAGCUGAUGAACGUGCUAAGAAAAUGGGUCCACGUGGUGUUAAGUUUAGCUGGAUUUUUAAUAAUGAAGUUAUGGUGUAA